GCGCGGGCGGGCACUAUGCGCAGACUCGGCCCGUGGCUCAAGAUGGCGGCGGCAGAUAAACAGAAGCACGAGCACGGGCGGGUGAAGAUCGGGCACUACAUCCUAGGCGACACGCUCGGCGUCGGCACCUUCGGCAAAGUCAAGGUUGGCAAACAUGAGUUAACUGGGCAUAAAGUUGCAGUGAAGAUCCUGAAUCGACAGAAGAUUCGCAGCCUUGAUGUUGUAGGAAAAAUCCGCAGGGAGAUUCAGAACCUCAAACUCUUCAGGCAUCCUCAUAUAAUUAAGCUGUACCAGGUCAUCAGUACACCAACUGACAUUUUCAUGGUGAUGGAAUAUGUUUCAGGAGGAGAACUGUUUGAUUAUAUCUGUAAAAAUGGAAGGCUUGAUGAGAAGGAAAGUAGACGUCUGUUCCAGCAAAUUCUUUCUGGUGUGGAUUACUGUCACAGGCAUAUGGUAGUACAUAGAGAUCUGAAGCCUGAAAAUGUGCUGCUUGAUGCACACAUGAAUGCCAAGAUAGCUGACUUUGGUCUAUCAAAUAUGAUGUCAGAUGGAGAAUUUUUAAGAACAAGCUGUGGUUCCCCUAACUAUGCCGCACCAGAAGUAAUUUCAGGAAGAUUAUAUGCAGGUCCAGAAGUAGAUAUUUGGAGCAGUGGGGUUAUUCUCUAUGCUUUGUUAUGUGGAACGCUUCCAUUUGAUGAUGAUCACGUGCCAACCCUUUUUAAGAAGAUAUGUGAUGGUAUCUUUUAUACUCCUCAGUACCUGAAUCCAUCUGUAAUUAGUCUUUUGAAGCACAUGCUGCAAGUGGAUCCAAUGAAGAGAGCAACCAUCAGAGACAUUAGGGAACAUGAAUGGUUUAAGCAGGACCUGCCGAAAUACUUGUUUCCUGAAGACCCUUCAUAUAGCUCUACCAUGAUUGAUGAUGAAGCCUUAAAAGAAGUGUGUGAGAAGUUUGAAUGCACUGAAGAGGAAGUGCUAAGUUGUCUAUACAGCCGAAAUCAUCAGGACCCUUUAGCAGUUGCUUACCACCUUAUUAUAGAUAAUAGAAGAAUAAUGAAUGAGGCCAAAGACUUCUACUUGGCUACAAGCCCACCAGAUUCUUUUCUUGAUGAUCACCAUCUGUCUCGCCCUCAUCCUGAAAGAGUGCCAUUUUUAGUAGCUGAAGCACCACGUCCUCGCCAUACUCUUGAUGAGCUGAAUCCACAGAAGUCAAAACACCAAGGUGUAAGAAGAGCUAAGUGGCACUUGGGAAUACGGAGUCAGAGUCGACCAAAUGAUAUAAUGGCUGAAGUUUGUCGAGCAAUUAAACAACUGGAUUAUGAAUGGAAGGUUGUAAAUCCAUACUAUCUACGUGUUCGAAGGAAGAAUCCAGUAACAAGUGCAUAUUCCAAAAUGAGUCUGCAGUUGUAUCAGGUGGAUAGCAGGACAUACUUACUGGACUUCCGUAGCAUUGAUGAUGAAAUUACUGAAGCAAAGUCUGGGACUGCAACUCCACAGAGAUCAGGUUCUGUGAGCAACUACAGAUCCUGUCAAAAAGAUUCAGAUGCUGAUGCGCAAGGAAAAUCUGCAGACACAUCCCUUACCUCAUCAGUGAGCUCUUCGCUUGACUCUUCUACAGCUGACUUAACUCCAAGACCAGGGAGUCAUACAAUAGAAUUCUUUGAGAUGUGUGCAAAUCUUAUUAAAAUACUUGCACAAUAAUUUUGAAGAUGGGCUUAUUUCUUUUAUAGCAAUAAGCAUGCCUAAAUCAUAGUCAGAUGCUUCCAAUUAUAAUCAAGUUAAAAUAACUAAGGCGCUGAAAAAGCUAGCCACAGAAUGCAAUUUGCACGGGGAUUGAAAUGAUUAUGGGCAGUUAAUGUAUAUUAUUUUGAAGCUGGAGUGAAUUCUGAUUGUCCGCUGUCCAAUAGCGUAAUACAGGUACAGGAAAUCACAUGCCCUUGGGACAGUGUUCAUAACAUAGUACAUUGAGUCCACGUUAGGCUGCAUAUAACAUUUAAGUUAAAUGGACCUUCUUGUUUUUUCCACUGGUAAUACAUACAUCUGAUGCACUGAAAGUAAAUGUACACUUACUAGUUCAGUGACCUAAGUAUGACUUGCUGGUCACCAUCUACAGUUGUGCCUCAGUUGGUCAGAACUAUCAACAUCUUCUAACAGUAAUGUGUUAAAACUGCUGUGUUUCUUCCCCCUUAUUUGACAGUAAAUGAUAAAGAGUAGGUUAAUGUGUUACAAUGUACUGCUUCUAACAACUGAUAAAUUUGAUUAAAUGCGUGCAAAUCCAGCCAGUUGGAAAUGCAUGUAGGUGCUCUGUAAUGCACUAAAGGUGCAAUUCUGUGGGCUGUGAGUAGAACAAUUGAGUCCACAACAAUGGUGAGAGACUUAAUGCUGAGAAGACUCGGCACUCCAUGGGCUAAAACAAAAUGUUGUUCGUAAAGAACUGUCAGCAAGCUCCUGAUCUGUGCAUAUACUUUAGUGUGGUAGCAGCACAGCAGCUCCCCACUGCUACUGCAGGCUGAGAGUCCUUUUCCUUAGAAACAUGUGCAUGUAGUUAAGAGCACAGCUUAAGGGCUGUUGUGUGCUAUUCCAGAAUCUGAAAUUGACAGUUUUUUAAAAUACAUGUUAAUACUUUGAUACAGCUGUUUCUCACGUUAACAGCAUAUACUAUAUAGAAUUCACUUUGCAGUUGAAAUUACGUGUAUAGCUUAGGUUUUCCCAGGCCACCUUUAUAGCAAACUUUGCUAUUUAAAUUAAUUGUGAAAUUAAAUAGUCCAGCUUUUCAGUUGGACAUUGAAAACGGAUCAUGACAAGUUGAGUGCUAAUAUUCAAAAAGUUUUCAAUAGUAGAUUGCAAUUACCAAUAACAUAAAUCCUUCUGCAUUAUGGUUUUUGCAAUGUUUCGGGAAGAAAAUUGAACCUUAUGUGUUAAAGUCACAGCUAGUACUUGCACAAAAACAUUUAGUUUCUUUUAAAUUAGAUAUAAUUAGCCACAGUUCCAUUUUCAUCUAGCACUAAUAGACAGUAAACUAUAUGUCAUAAAACGUGUAGUUUUGCAUUCAAGAAUUAAUGUUCUCUUAAAAAUAAACUUCAUGACCUACUCAGUCUCAAAGGUUGCUCUCCCAGGGAGAGACUGGAAAUCAAGGCAUUACUAUGAACAGUGAAACCUGGACUCUUAAAAUGGAUGGGGAUUCUUGCCAAUGACUGAGAUUUCAUCCACGGAAAACUGCUAGCUACAGAUAUAAGAACAGUUUAAUCCAGGCCAGCUGGCUUCAGUCUAGAAAUUCAUCUGUUAUGAACAUGCACAGUAUCUGAAGAAACCUAAAGCUGCUUUAAGCCCCGGAACUGCUGUAACUACGUUCUGAACUGGGCAAUUGUGUGGUCUGUCUGGUAUGUAGGUACAAGUUACAACUUCAGUUCUUUAUCCUCAAGUGUCACACAUGGUCCCUGUAAUGCAAAGUUGUAUUACUGUAUCUCAAAGGGGAAGAUCUUCCUUAGAUAAAGCUUUGGGUUUUAACUCCUGAGAUUGAGAUGUCAACACGAGGGACCAGCUGCAAAUCCUACUUCUAAGUCCUGUUUUUAGUCUUGUAAGAAUUGGUUCUGAUGUACUAAAUAAGUCCGUGUGUUCAUUUUUGUUACCCUUUUAUUUUGAAAUUGUUAAAUAUUGCACUUGUACAAAUAUAACAAACGCACAGGUUUUUUAAUUGUAGUAAUUCCUCAUCUGGAAUUGGUUUGGGAUCACUCUUGCAUAUGUUAAACUAAAUAUUUAUAAAUGGUAUCUGCUCCUUGUAAUGCUGACCACAAAUGCAAGGUGUCAAGGUGCAAAUAGCUUUUAAUUUUUAUAUACUUUUUUGGCCCCUCUUGUGCAUUAAGACAGCCAUGGUUUUUCCUUUGUCUUGGUAUCUGGAGGUUAAAGUAAGUUUCUGGCAGAAGUGUACUGAAUGUGUAGUUUUAAAUAAAGUAAAUUUUAUUGGUAUGAUAAAUCAGUUUUGAUGGCCAAAAGUUUUCUGAUUGAACUGAGAUU